CCACACAUUUUUGUCAACUUCCUGUUGAUACCCUCAGAAUCAAAGGUUUCAAUUACUGGGCUGCAAAUAAUUAUGUUUUCACGUCGAAUACCAAAGAUUUUUGCAGGAACUUUUUGCAGAAAUGUACAUUAUAUUCAAGGACAGUCUCCGGAGCCUAAAAUAAGAGAAUAUUUCUAUUUUAUAGACCACCAAGGACAGCUGUUCCUUGAUGAUUCAAAGAUGAAAAAUUUCACCUCAUGUUUUAAAGAAAAGAAAUUUUUGGACUUCUUUUUCAAGAGACUGCGUUUGAAUGAGACCGGAAGAUAUAUGGAACAUUUCCCAUUUUUGUCUCCCUGUGGCCGGGAGAGGAAUUUUAUUCGAUGUGAUGAUAGACCUAUAGUUUAUGUGCAUUUGACAGACAACCAAGAUAAAGAUACUUGCAAUAUUUUAUCUUACGGUUAUCCUGGAAGUCCAACUUUGAACGUUCCUUUCCAGCCAGAAAAGAUAUGUAUGUUACCAGAAACUGGCCGUAUAUACCAUCCAGCAGAUCCAGAGAUUGGUGGCGUAGGUUUAAUUAAAUCAAGUAUAGCUAUCGCAAUAAGUAAAUACUUUGAAUUCGGUAAUGGUGAAGAAAACGCACCAACACAUUUUACAUGGAAUGGAGAGAAAUACACAUUAAGUAAUGACUUGUUGUCUGUGAUAAAUUCAGAUCCUGCUGAAGCUUGGACAGCUCUACAUGAAGAAAGGAAACCAUAACAGUUUUAGCAAAAAGU